UUCAUCCUCGGCGAGCUCGUCUCCCCAAUUCGGCGUCUUCUCGGCUCCGGCGGGGCGAUUUCUAGGCUAACAUCCCUUGCAUUCUCCACAGCAGCAUUGCGCCUUCCAUGGCGGCCUCGAUUCUAGGUUGCGGUUCUAGCAAUGGCGUCGCGGUCACCGGUAAUCCUGCUCCAGCCGCGGCGGCCGAGGUGCCCGCGCCUCUCAGGCCGCUGGAGGAGCUCACGGAGCUGGAUAUCAGGCAGCUCACGCGGGAGGACUGUAGACGCUAUCUCAAGGAACGGGGAAUGCGCAGGCCGUCUUGGAACAAGGCACAGGCGAUCCAGCAAGUGCUGUCUUUGAGGAGUUUGCUUUGUCCUUCCAAUCCGGUAGGCCCUUCCUCCAAGAACCCGGGAAGUGCCGCGAACGCCCCUCCGGCUGAAGCAGCUGCUGCUGGUCACACCAAACAAUUACUGGACAAGGUCUCUCAGCAAAGCAUGCCAGAUUCUUGUCCAUCUAACAACGCCUCUGAUCCUAGGCCGCUCGCCGGAUGCUUUGGAUCUCUUGCCCCGACGUUAUCAGUUCUCAAUCCCGAUGCGAAACGUAACCCGCUGAGUUCUAAACCCGCGUCAACGACAAAGCCUCACAGUGCCCAGCUGACCAUUUUCUACUCCGGUAUUGUGAACGUGUACGACGAUGUCCCGCUUGACAAGGCACAAGCUAUAAUGCUUCUUGCCGCGAGUAAAACGUUUCACGUUCCGACAAGUUCAGUGCCUGGCCAUCCGCCGUUUACUAGAGCAACCCAACAACAACAACAACAACGAGAGCUUAACCAACAAACCGAAGCCACGCUAAAGUACCCGAUGCAGCACCAGCAAGCUCCUCAAAUAUAUCUAAGCUCGGCUUCAGCUCUACCCGACGAAAGCUGCACGGAACCUGGGCUUCCACAGGUCAGAAGUGCAUCGCUACAGAGAUUCCUGGCUAAACGACGAGACAGGUUGUCAGGGAAUCCUUCCUCGUCUAGGCGGAACGACAGAUCGAAAAAGCGGAGGUUCUCCCCGCCACCGCCACCGUUAACUUCGGCUUUGUUCCAGUUUCCUUCAAGUGCUAGAACAUCGCAAGUUUUAAGAUACUCCACUACUUCUACAACUACGAUCACUACUGCCACUGCUACUGCCGCUACUACCACGGGUGCCACGAAUGGUGGACAAUGUUCCAAUUCCAAUCAAGCAAGCGAGAAUGCAAGCAGCGAUACCUCCGGUGGAAGCUCUGGAACGCCGGACACAAGCGACACAACAAGGGACAACGACAAUGGACGAGUUUCCAAGGAAAAUGGACGAGUGUCCACCACUUGUCUCGCAGCAACGUGAGAGCUCUUGUGAGAGCUCUUGUGGGGCAAUCUCCCAUCUUGCUUGGCCGAGAGUUUUUUUUUUUGUAUAUAUAAGGUUUGGAUUGGACUAUUUUGUCUUUCUUCUUGGCUUCUUUGCAUGAAAGAAGUGACUCAAACAUAAAAGACGAAGAAAAGAAAGGGAGUUUUAAAGA